AUUGAAGGACUUUUAGGUUGUUCACAAGAAUGAUGACAAAAGUAAAGUCAAGCAAGAUUUCUUCUCGAUGAGAUAACACCACAAAGAUCAAGCCAAAUCCAGACUUGCUCCUUUCUCCGUCACUACUUCCCACAUGGGAAAUCCUUCACAUUUUCUUUCAGGUUUCUUCAAAGCCUUUACGAAAGCAGCAGGCAAUAGAAAAUCAGAAACAAGUAAGGGAAAUGAAAAGCAUGCUAGGAUAAAAUAUCCAGCAACUCUUCCUAAGGAAAUUUGUCGUCAAUUUUCUCUAACCGAGAUCAAAGCUGCUACCAACAACUUUCAUCCAAAAUCGCUUGUCAGAGAAGGUUAUUUUGUAAAGGUGUACAAAGGGAUUGUUGAUUAUGGAAACUUGGUUGCUGUCAAACGCUUCAAACCAGAUUCAGUACAAGGACUCGAUGGGUUCCAAACCGAAGUGCAGUUGCUCUGCCAACUGCGCCACCAAAAUCUCGUGUCUCUUAUUGGGUUCUGCAAUGACAAGGACGAGAAGAUCCUUGUAUAUGAACUCAUGAAAAACGGGUCACUCCGUGAUCAUCUCUAUGGUUGUAAUUAUGAUCCACUCCUGUGGAAGCAGAGGCUAGAGAUAUGUAUUGGUGCAGCUCGUGGAUUACAUUACCUUCAUGCCGGAGCAAAGCAUGCGGUAAUUCACCGUGACAUCAAGAGCAGAAAUAUUCUUUUGGACGACAAAUGGGUUAGUAAGCUUUCUAGUUUCUUCUUCUCCAAGAUGCGUCCACAGCCUUCAUACUCUAGCACUUCAAAAGCUUUGAAACCACUACACUCAGAAAUAUUUUUGGGUACUUUAGGUUAUUGGGAUCCAGAGUAUCAGAGAGAUGGUGGACUUUCAGAGAAAUGUGAUGUGUACUCAUUUGGGGUUGUUUUAUUUGAAGUCUUGUGUGCUAGACCAGUCAUUGAUCGAAGAUUGGACGAGCAUAAGCAACAUCUAGUUUACUGGGUCUGUCGGUGCAUAGGCGAUGGAACCAUUUAUAAUAUAAUUGAUUCAUACCUGAAGGGGAAGAUAGCUCCAGAGUGUUUUAAGAUAUUCGUGGACAUCGCUUAUUGCUGUAUCAGUGAAAAGGGAGAUACACGGCCUGAGAUGGGUGAAGUGGAGAUGAUGCUAGAGCUUGCAUUGAAGAUGCAAGAGAAAGCAGAUUCUGAAAUGAAGGAUGUUGAUCCUCAUGGUGAAUGUACGUAUGGAGAAGUUUCAUUUUCUAUCCCUGUUUCUGACCACAGUUUUCCUGUGGAUAACAGUUCACCACUUGAAUCUAGAUGGUAGACUUAGAUUUUGAGAUCUUAGUUUAGAUUACUUAAUCACAUAGUUUUUUUGUAAUUACUCAAAACAAGUCCAUUAUGAAUAUAAAUUUAUAAUUUUUUAAA